AUGGCCGCUCGAAUCUCUGCUAUCCGAGCUCAUCUCCAGGACGAAACUGUCGAAAAAGUUGUCUCAUCUCCCAACCAAACCAGUCUAUACCCCAAGGGACUCCUAUACAAUGAAGUAGCUAUCAUCACGGGUUCAGGACAAGGUAUCGGAGCUGCAACUGCCAAAGCUUUCGCUGCUGAAGGCGCCAAGGUGGUCAUUACUGAUAUCGAUGCUUCCAAAUCCGAUGCUGUGGCUAAAGAAAUCGGUGCCAACGCUAUCUCUGUUCCUGGAGACAUCACUGCCAAAGGUUUUGCUGAGAAGCUCGUCGGUGAGACCGUCAAGGCCUUUGGAAAGAUCAACCAUAUUGUGAACAAUGCUGGAUUUACUUACGAUGGAAUGGCCCACAAGACCACGGACCGUCAAUGGGAAAUCAUGAUGGAUAUCCACGUCACAGCACCAUUUAGAAUCAUUCGUGCUGCCGCUGACCAAUUCAGAACUAAAUCCACCGAAAACCGAUCUAUUGUGAUGGUUUCUUCCACCUCAGGUCUCCACGGAAACUUGGGUCAAUUAAACUAUGCUACUGCCAAAGCUGGUGUUGUUGGUUUGACAAAGACCAUGGCAAAGGAAUGGGGCUCAUUUGGGGUCCGCACGAACUGUAUCGCCUUUGGUUGGGUUGAAACCAGAUUGACAGCUGCCAAGGAACUUGCCGUUAUUGUUGAUGGCCAAAAAAUCGCUCUUGGAAUCCCACAAGGCAACGCCACUCCCGAACAAAUGCAAGCUGCUAGGACUCAAGGAAUUCCUCUCCAACGCCCUGGCACUGCCGAAGAAGCUGGCAAGGCUAUAUUGUUCUUGGCUUCUCCAUUGGCCUCUUACAUUACUGGGCAUACCUUGGAGAUGACUGGUGGUCGUGGAAUCUAG